AUGGACACAGGGAAAAUUGCAAAUGCAGGCAUUGAAUUUGUUACUUAUCCUCCUGUUUUCAAACGCACAAAUGCUAAUUCCAAGCUACCAACUCAUUUGAAUCACGAUGAUGGUUGCGCUGGAGUGGUUAAAUUUGAUUUGCCUUCUCAUGUUAAUUCCAUUUCUAGCACUUCUAACCCAUUUGUCAAACACUGCCUCAAGCUCCGCCAUAGCUCAUCUUAUCGCCACUCUCAUUCUUCUGCUCUCGUUGUUGGUACUACUCCCAUCAGGGAAAUAUAUGAAAGGUCAUUGCAGGAUAAAUCUUUCAGAAUGGAUUGUUUACUAUUACUUGACAAAGUGAAAAUUCCAGAAGAGCUAGAGGAUAUUUCUGCUCGUACUGUGCGUGUUAGCUCUGUGGUGAUGAAAAAAAUUUCUGGGGUACAAUCAUCUGAAUCUAUUGAAGCAAUUGCCUUGAUGAAACUUCCAACAAGUUUUAUCAGUAUAGAGGUCAAUCAAAAAGAGACAAAUUGUCAGAGUUGGUUCCCAUCUAGUCACAGAAUUCUAGUCCUCGAUGGGAUUCAGGACCCAGGUAACCUAGGUACAUUGCUCAGAUCAGCUAUGGCCUUUAAAUGGGGUGGUGUUUUCCUACUUCCUGGCUGUUGUGAUCCAUUCAAUGAGAAAGCUCUCCGAGCUAGCCGUGGAGCCUGCUUUCAGCUCCCCAUGGUUUCUGGAAGUUGGUAUCAUCUUGAAGCUCUUAAAGGUGUGUUUCAAAUGAAGUUACUAGCUGGACAUCCGGAGAGUAAUGAUGAAGAUAGACGGGUGGCACGGCUGUCCCAAGAAUUCGUGGAUUCUUUAGCAGAUGUCCCAGUAUGCUUGGUUUUGGGUAGUGAAGGGAAUGGCCUUUCAGAUAAAUCUCAGCGGGUAUGUGAACUUGUGAGUAUACCGAUGCCCGGAGAAUUUGAGUCUCUUAAUGUUUCUGUGGCGGGAGGAAUUUUCUUGUAUAUGUUACAACCAAAGAUUCAGAGAUUCAUCUAAUUGUCGUGAAAUUAAGAGGGUUUAUGAAAAUUAACUCUAAGGAGUCUAAAACAUUUAA